UACAAGGGGUCAGUAGAUUAUGGUACCUGUGCUAGAUUGUAUGAAGAUCUCUAGAUGCUUUUUUCUGAGAAUUUGCAGCUUCAUCGUGAUGACAUUGUGCGGUCCAGAUUUGAUGUUUCUAAGAAAAAUGAAAGGUAUCAACAAAAUAAAACGAGAUGAUGAUCAUUUCUCAUUUGAAACAACUUUACGCAUCGCAGUACAAUGCCUGUUCGCUAUUAAAAUGCUUCACGAAAUUGGUUUCGUCCAUCGGGAUGUCAAACCAGGUAAUAUGGUAAUUGGCAUAAAUGGACGGGAUUGCAGAACCAUUUUCAUGAUUGAUUAUGGUAUGGUAAGAUCAUUUGUUCUGGAGGAUACUACUACACGAAAAGUUGUACUACGAAAACCUAGGAAACGCGUUUUGCUACGAGGUACAUUACGGUAUUGCUCGCCGAAUGUUCAUCGACGUAUGGAACAGGGAAGAAAUGAUGACCUGUUGUCCCUGCUUUACAUGCUCAUCGAGCUAUGUUCUGGUCUGCCAUGGAAUACGAUCAAAGACGAGAAGGUGUUACUGCAAAUGAAAGAAGGAAUUACAACGGACAAGCUUUUUAAGAAAACUCCAAUUGAAUUUACACCAAUUUAUGAUCACUUGAUGACACUGGAAUACAAAGAUCGACCGGACUACAAAUUUAUAUAUGAUCAGUUCAUGAAAGGUAUUCGACGACUGGGGACACGCUUUGUGGAUGCGUAUGAUUGGGAGGAUGACAAAGACAUUCGAGAAGCUAUGCAGCUGCAGACGGCUCUGUCAUAUCAUGAGGAGGAUGGGAGAAGAAGGGAGAGUAGAAACAAAACGGAGAAAAGAAAGGGUUUCGAUGGUAAUUGUUGGAUGAAGUGAAUUGGAAUGAAAUAAUUGUUAACUGUGAAAGAUAGGUGAUGAAAUUUUCACAAAAAGCUGUCGAGACAAUUUGUCAAUUUUAC